AAAGAUUGUUCCAUGUCUGACUUGUUGUGCAACAGACCUUAUUAAAACGGAUUUCGAAAUCCGGCAACUCAUAAGAAUUAUUUCAGGUGUAGUAUGACAUUUUCCUUGCAUAUUUUGGAAAAUUUUACGAGGUUGAAGACGAGCAAAAAUUUGCCAACAAUGUUUAAAUAAAUAGUGAUAAAGCCUUUUAAGCUUUUAUUUGCAUACAAAAAGGUGUAUUAUAGUUGUAUACAAAAAUUUUACCAGCUGCUGCAUGCAUGCUGGGGUUGGCUUAUCAAGAGCAUCUUUGCACCCUUUAAUGGAACCACUGUAAAAUUAAGUAAAUAUACUUAGGGUGAUACUACAUCGAGCUUACGUGCGGGUAAAAGCACAGCCUGGCUGAGCUGAUUGCACUGCAACUAAUUAUCUGCACCCCUUCCCUUACGUGGCCAAAACUCGAUAAGAUAAAAAAAUAUAUAUAUAAAAACCAAAGAAAGCACUUGAAAUGGCAGGCGUGCCUCCUAUAGUACCGCUUCUGUGCAGCACUCCGCCACCAAUUGAUUUUGGUGAAGAGGACGACGAUUCCGGUUUGCCGCCCACUUUAACACUUGAAGACGAUGAUGAAUACGGUGAUUUCGCGUUCGCCGCAGACAUAAAUGAGAAUGCAACAAAUACUGAUAUCCCCUCAUUGCCACGCACGCCGCUGCAGUUCGAACUAAGCUCAUCCACGACGAGUGGCUUUACCGAUGUACCACCAAGUUUAGAAGAGUGUGGUAAUGCACCGAUAACUCCACCUCCGCUGCAAACUGAACAUGACGUUUGUUCAGCCCGCGAGGAAGUUAAGCUAGAACUAAUCGAGGCAAUUAACUACAAUGUUGUAAGCAGAGAAACCAAUCAAGAGCGUAUUAGUGACGGUAUAACUAAUGUGGAUGAGACUAGCAAUACAAAUGAUUCAGUAACAAGCCACCCGCAACCAGAGAAAGACAAUAAUUGGGUUAUUCACAACUUGAGUGACACCAAAAUCACAAAUGAAACUUGCGCGGAAUCGGAAAGUCUGCCCAAGUUUGCACACACUACAGAUGCUAUUACAACUAAAGAAAAAAGUGGAACUAAAAAUGUAUCGAUAUUGUCUAAUGAGCAGGACAUUAAUGCACAACCAAAUGCUAUAACGAUAUUUUCCGAAAUUCCUCCUCCUUUGACUCAACUUGUGCUGUUAGAAGAUAUAGCAGACGACAGUAGCGAUGAGGAGUGCCAUCGAUCUCCAAAAAAAUCCACCAUAUCAACAACGUCGCCCUUUACAAGCAGUGCUGACAUAAAUUCGGCGGAUUUCUUUGCAAUCCAUGUCGUUGGCGCGCCGUCUUCACCAAAAGAAGACAAACCACUGACAAAAGUGGAGGAUAUAAAUAUGAAUAGCUUGUCAAACCACGAUAAUAACAUCACCCAUGAAUUUGAAAAUAUUACUAAGACUACGCCCUAUGGCGGCGAGGAACUUAAUGAUGAUUUCGGUGAUUUCGCAGAUUUCGAAUCGGCAACUGAGAUUACAAUCCCAACAACCUGCCCAAUGAAGACAGCCGAUUCUAAUGUGAUAACCAAGAGUGAGUGCAAUGAUGUCAAACCCGUAGACGAGCUCCCUGUAGAAAGUACUAUCCAAAAUAAUGAUGAUGAGAACGAUUUUGAUGAUUUCCAAGACUUUUGUUCGGCACCAACAUCAGUUUCUAAUACUAAACCAAUUAUAUCAUCGCAAAAUUCAGAAGGUGUAGCAGCAACAUGUAAUGACGGGAUUAAAAAGGGUAUAGCACUAAAUGAAAAUAGUCUUGCAACGUUGAAAAUUGAUUCGGAAUCUCAAGCAAAAGAAGUUGAGAAUAGCGACGAUGACGACUUCGGCGAUUUCGAAGAAGCUUCACUUGCCAUACCCACUUCUGAAUUCACUGCAAAUACUGCUAUUAUGAAUACACAUACGCCACCUGCGACUAGUGGAAAUAUAAGUGACCGUAUAGGUUCGGUGUUAAAACUGAUGUUUCCACCUGCAGAUGAAAGUGUUGACAGCGACAAAGAAAGGACAGCGCCAGACGCUCUUUCCAGUUUGCAAUUACCAAACGGCACACUUCCUUUUGAGUCGAUAGAAGCUGCCAAAGCCUUGGAAUUUCAGUGGCCGCAGUCGGAAAUACGGCAUGCGCUUGUACGGUCAAUAGGCAUUGAUUCGAGAAACAUUCUCUUUGGCGAGAAUUGGAAUCCAUCAAUGCCCCGUUUUGCUGCCAAUCUCAGUUUUAAUCCGCUAAAGCCAUUGAAACCACAAACAGUCAACCCGUCAACAACAACAGCAGGCAUCGACUCGGAACAUUACAGCAAUGGCAGUGACGUUAGCAACUACUCUAUGAAAACGGAUGUACCUGAUGUUGAGUUCGAUUGGCAAAGCGCCGGUCUAGUGAACCCACUUGACGCAUCACAUGUUCACACUUUACUAUUGGAUCUAGACAAAGUUAUGGUGAUGGCUACUAAGCUUGAUAACUUAACUGUUGAUUCCUCCUUCUCUGCAUGUGCAACAACGUUGGAACAAAUAACGUCGACAACUACUCCAAAAAAAACCACAACAACCACCGCUGAUUAUAAAUUAACUAAUGAAAUUAACCGCUUUCAAUUAAUGCCUUUAAAUACUCAAAUAAUACAAACAACAACAACAACAACACCCGCAUUGGUUACAUCUGGUCAAUUAUCAUCAUCAAUAUCAUCAUUACCACCAACAUUAUUAACUUAUAAUAACAAAAAUGUCUUUGCCAAUUCUACGUCCGCUUCCUAUUCCACACCACACAAUACCAACACGUUUCCAAAUCCUUGCACUUAUCAAAAUUGUCAAACCAAUGCACGGGCUAAUUGUAAUACAACACAUGUAAAUCGUGGACUAUGCGCUUCUCACUCUACAAAUACUUUUGCUUCACUUCAUUCGCUUGUCGCUCAACGACGUACUGUUGGAAAUGUCGUCACUAUUGAACCAUUAAUGUACUUCAAAAAUUUUACUAAUCACAUUUCGGCAACCCUCCAUCAAAAUCCAACGCUUAACAUGAUCAACAAUAAUACCAUACAUUCAAAUUUAACCACUCAUUUUGAAAUGCCAACCUUUAAAACCGAUCAACUAUCAAAUUGCAUUUAUGCACCGACGUUAAAAUGCGACGAUUUUUGCAAUGAUAAUAACUUAACUAAUAAUCCACUGGAAUUUGCCAACUUUCACUUAAAAACAAAUCGAAUGCCGGAUUGUAGUUGGGUCAAGGGGGAGACAAACACACGAGAGACUGAAACGGUUCACUCGUCGCCGCCUGUUGCACGGCUUGAUACACCCGAUGACCAGCAUCAAUCGCAUACAACCUUUACAAACGUCGACGAUAACAUUUCAGAAGCCCUAAGCAACAACGAUACCAAACUAACGCUCACGCCAACGAAAGACAUUUGUCCGGCGCCUUUAACAUUGGACCAGCCAACGUAUCAGUUAACAGCACAGGAUCAAAGCAUCACCAUUAGCACCAACUGCAUUAGUGGCAGUAAUACAAGUAACAGCAGAUCGUAUGAAAGUAGAAAAACAUUGUCAACAUUACGUUUAGGUGCUAACAUCGUCGAUAAUAUUGAAGAUGACGAAACGGUAGUCACCUCUACUUAUGCUGGACCAUUGAAGGAGACACACAUAUAUACACCUUCGAAGACAGAAAUGGCGACAACAGUGAAAACUUGCAAAUCGCCUACUAACGGCAAUGAGCCAAUUGAUUUCGAUUAUGAGAUUGCUGCGGCGGGCAUAAUAAUCGAUGAAAAGGUGGUGAAAAAGGAAUAUCGGGAUGCCGAAUAUAAUCCCGGCUUCAGCUUAGAAAUGGUGAAUGAAUAUGCUGGUGAAUCGCCUACAGGAGUGCCGGCGCCUUUGGAAUCUGAACUAAGUGUACCGGUUUUGGCAUUGACGCAGCCAGAACCUCAGCAUCAGCAACAACCAAAUCCAUCGGUUGAAUUGGACACCGAUGAAUUCGCCGAUUUUACCGAGUUUCAAUCAGUGCCACCACCAACUCAGGCAACCGUAACAGUCGCAACUGCGUCUUAUGGCGGCGUCACAUCAAAUCCCACUAGUACAAUAGCGUCCGCAUUCCAAAAGGAAUCAAAUGGUAAAGCAACAAACAUAAACGCACCCCCUGCAUUUGCAGCAGCUAUUUCAAAGGCAAAAGAAGCUGGUAAGAUACCUAGUCGCACGAGCUCACCAUCUAUUAUUGACAAUAUGAUACUCAGUCCGGCCAUACUGUUGCCACAAGCUAUUCCAAUGAACGCAAAUAACACAGUGGCGGGUAAAGCUACGCCAAGUAUUGAGUGGGGUGAUACAACGGCCAAUAUCAAUCCGGAUGAAUUAGCGCGCAUUGAAGAACUUUUCCCGCAGCCCAAAAUCACGGCUGCCAAAGAUGCAAACACAUCACAAAAAUCAUCACCAACGCACAGCUAUGCGGAUAAUCACGCAAAAAACGCUUCUAUUUCCAUAAGCGCUGCAGUGGCGAUGAAGGAGCAGGACUCCACUCUCAGCGAUGACUACUGGUCGGAGUUUGUAUCAGUGCCAGUGACCCCGCAGUUGCCAAACAAUGCCGCUCGACUCAACAACAACAAUAAUAACAACUAUAAACUUACACCAAAUCGCGCGGUAGGUGGUCACGUCAUUAACAGUGUCACCAACAGCAAUAAUGCAGUGCGGUCACCACGUCAUCAACAACAACACGUAAGCGUCCAACGCACGCUAACACCAACGGCACUGCGAAAACCAAUUCUCCACACAGCCAGGGGCAGCGUCGCUAUCAAUAGCAACAUAUGCAACAGCAAUAGUUAUAUUAACAGUAAUAGCAACACCAACACUAAUAGUAACGAUGACGAUUGGUCUGACUUCGUCUCCAGCACUCCGGCACUUGCAGCGGCGCCAACGCAUUCUACGCAUUACAUGCCAACAGCACAUGCGCCUCAAUUCAAUAGCGCCGCCUGGCAAAAUGCAAACUUUUAUAAUAAUCCACUCGGUUUAUACCAUCAGCAGCUUAGCAACAUGCAAACGCGUGCUGCACCCUUGACUCCCCAACAGCAACAGUUGCAACUACAACAGCAAAUACACAUAAUGCAGGACUUCUCCACUGCACCCGUAACAGCCCGUCCAAAUGUCACUUUGAAUAACAGCAACAAUGCGCAUAUCAACAGCAUGCAACAUUCCAAUUCAUACUCGCCGAUGCAAGUGGGGAAUGCCCGAGUGGCGCCGAGCAUAUCGCUGAUUCCCGAUUUGGGUUUUGUGGCGCCUGCGAUGCCAGUGCAUACCGCCUUCAUUAAUGUCCUACCGAAGACAAGCUUCAACAGCAAAAAAUGACGUUUGUUAAAUUGCGAGCAGACGCAUUAUCGUGGUCAUACAACACUGGCAAACUCCUAUCGAAAUCACUUACCAAAUGCUAGUCCCGUCACAGCUGGCAUCACCUCUUCUAUUCACGAUAUCUUAACAUAGAAGCAGCUACACUA